GAGUUUAUUUCGAGUGAUUUUAAUUAAACAAAAUGACUGGACGUGGAAAGGGUGGAAAGGGAUUGGGAAAGGGAGGUGCUAAGCGUCACAGGAAGGUUCUUCGUGAUAAUAUCCAAGGUAUUACUAAGCCUGCGAUUCGUCGUUUGGCUCGUCGUGGUGGUGUAAAACGUAUCUCUGGAUUGAUUUACGAAGAAACUCGAGGUGUAUUGAAAGUCUUCCUAGAAAACGUUAUUCGUGAUGCAGUAACUUAUACUGAACAUGCUAAAAGAAAGACUGUCACGGCUAUGGAUGUCGUGUAUGCAUUGAAACGCCAAGGACGUACUCUUUAUGGUUUUGGAGGUUAAUUUGUCAGAAGUGCAUAAAAUCAGCAGUGUUUGGUCAUCAUCUCAUUUUAAAAAAACCGUUAAAACGGCCCUUUUCAGGGCCACUAAAUUUUUCAACGAUAACGAACAAAUUCAUCUCUUUAUCUCAUAUAAUUAUCUAAUUAUUUAUUAAAGAAUCAUCUUAAAAUAUAUGAACAAACUAAAAUAACAAGAUGGCGACGGUUAGUGAUUCUCUCAUCAAUGUUUCGUCUAUUCAAUGUUACCCCAUAGCUCUCACUAGUUAUCCUCUUCCUAUCGAUUUGAUGGUCAUUUCGGUAAAAUAUUUUAUUUACGAAAAAGACGGGCUAUGACUAAAAUAAACUAAAACCAAGUUUCUUAUGAUUUGAACAAUAAAAAAGCUUAUCCUUUGUCAUAGUUUAUACAUUAUUCUCGAAGCUAGUGGAAAGAAAGUACAACACUCUGUUGCUAGAAGUGGCAACAUUGCUUGAAGAAUGUUACGAUUUAUAUCACACUGAAAACACUGUUGCCAUUUAGGGAUUGAUGAUGCUAUGCAAAACGCUUGUUUUAUUCUGUUUCUGACUCGUCAACAAGGUAUAGUGAAUUGAUUCUGUCCCUUUGAAAAGAAAUUUAUUUAAGUUUACUUGUAUGUUUGAAUGAAUUCUCUUGUAUCUUUAAACAAGCAAUGAAAAUUAUACGUUACUCUUUCCAUCGUUAGUCCUUUCGUUUUAUUUUUAUGCUUUGGAUAGAAAAAUUCAUCAAACGCUCGCUCAUUGAUCCUAAUAGUUGUGGUGGGGAUUUAUCGGAACUUGAGUGCACAAAACCAGUCGUCUCAGCCACCGAACAUGACAUUUCUACUGCUGCGUCGAUACGAGUAACUUCUUCGUUGUUCACAGCAAGUAUAUUUGUUACACUAUUUCGGAGACUUAUAAAGUCGUAUACAUUUAUAUUAAAUUAUUAAAGUUCUGUCUUUUUCUAUGACAAGAAUUUUCAACACGAGCUUAUUCCGUGUGAUUUUAAGUGCUCCGCCUCAACUUUUCGCUCGUGCGCUACUAAGUUCAUAACAAAGCGCUUGACUCUCGCUACCUGCUUCUUAGAUUUUUGACCUUGGGUCUUUUGUAUUGAAGAACAGAUGGGGGUGUACAGGUGUUCGAAAACUCUUUUGUUACUCAUUUCUACGAAAAUAUCAACUGUAUAGUUACUAUAAAGUACAUUAAAAUCAGUGUUAAUUCAGAUCAGUUCAGUUCAGUUUACUUCUGGAAUUCGUUCUGUGCGGAGUAAUUUAGCCUGUGAAAUAAAAUAAAAUGCAGUCUUAUCCUAAAUGUACUGACCAUGGAACGUUUCGUGCCUCAACACCACCAAAGAGGAAAUUCUAUGAUAAUCAACAUACUAAUAAUGAAGAAGAUAUCGAACCGCAGAGUAGAAGCGCGAGAAAACUCUCUAACGCUGGCGAAGAAGAUAUCCAUUAUAAUGCGCUUCAUGGGUAUCGUUUGCUUGAAUUCUUUACAGUGUUUACAGCUUUAACAGAGAUGUUGAUAUGUCGUUAUUGUAAAUUACCUGUAAAAUUUGAAGAGAGUGGCAACAGAGGGUUAGGUUUUAAAAUCGUCUUGCUGUGUAAGUGUGGUCGCAAAGACAUAAAUUCAGGACCGUUAAUUAAUGGUGGGUUUGAAAUCAAUCGCAGAAUCGUGUUUGUGAUGCGUCUUUUAGGUGUUGCUAGAGAAGGAAUCAACUUAUUUUGUAACAUGAUGGAUAUUUGUAAUGGUUUAACUGAAAGUUCCUACAACGGUAUUAUCUCGAUUAUACAUAACACUACCCAAUCUGCAUUUCGAGCUUCUACUGUAAAAGCUGUCAGUGAAGAAAAGGCUGAAAAUGAAAAGCAUGAGCGGCCAGUCAUAAAUUUAAAAGUUUCUGGGGAUGGAAUAUGGAAAAAGAGGGGUUUCAUAUCGUACGGGGUCACGACCCUUAUUGGAUAUUACUGUGGUAAAGUAAUAGAUUUAGUCGUUAAAAGUAGUUUCUGUGCAGGUUGUGCUCAUUGGAAAAAUAAAACUGAUACUGAAGAAUACCGUGAAUGGUUUGAAGAACACGAACCAUGCUGUCAAGAAAACCAUAAAAGUUCUUCUGGCGCAAUGGAAGUCGAAGCAGUUAAAGAAAUGUUUUCACGGUCUGAAGAAUUAUUUGGCGUUAAGUACGGGCACUACAUAGGAAAUGGGGAUUCAAAAACCUUCAAAGGAAUUCUCGAUUUGAAUCCGUACGGUGACGAUUUCCAAGUCGUAAAAAGCGAAUGCAUCGGCCACGUUCAGAAGAGGAUGAGUACUCGACUCCGAAAAGCUAAGACGGAUAAUCAUCUGGGAGGAAAAGAUAGUUAUUGGUCGACAAUGCAUCGCCUACAAAGACAAAAUCGAUGACCAAAUGGUGAGCCGAGAAGAUGGCCGCAGCUCUUUG